CAUCCUGCCGGCUGGGGAGGGUGGUAGAGGGCAACGGGGAAGAGAACGCAUCUUUAUGACGAGAAUUACGUUUUAUUGUUAUAGUAGUUAUUUUACUUAGUAUUUAUGACAAGAAAGAGGUAAGCUACAGUUGAAGGCAAUGGGCAGGUGGAGAUUUGGUUGGAAAAGACAUUUCAGUGGGGACUUGGCGGAGGAGGGCGGAGAUGUCUGCAUUGUUACAAGACGGUUUAAGAGCAAGAUGUUUGUGUUGCUGGACCAAGUGGGUCCCUGCCCGGUGAGCUGUAAGGCCAAGAGACAAGACACACCGACACAAACCUGGGCGGGAGCUCACAGGGUUACUGCGGAAUAUCCCACAAAAAAGACAGGUUUGUGCUGUUUGCUGGGCUUUAGGAUACCUGGAGGACAUAAUUAUUAGCGCAUAGGAAUUCUUGAAACCUGGGGAGACUGUUAAUACAAUUAUUAGCACAAAAGUGAACGGGAAGGCUUGAAUCCUGGGAUUUAGCGUCUUGGGGUGAGGCUUGAUAGAGAGUUAAGGACAAUUAACAUGAUUUAACCCGGAAUUAGAGGAAAACAGUCAAAAGAGACUUAUAAAGUAGAAAGUAAGAACGAAACAGGAAGUAAACUUACUAAAACAGCUAGUAGAGUAUCUCCUUUCAUAUUACUUAUCUUUAGUAGGUUUUUUUAAACAGGAAUCUAAGGUUCACAGGUAUAUUCAGCAGUAUGUUGAUAGAGCUACCCAGUGUUAGGUCGGUCAGGUCCUUUUGAGUCUUCAUUUCCUGCCAAAGUGUUUCCAGUGGCACAGGUGUGGUGACGGGCCGAGGAGGGUUGACUGCAUAGAUGGGUACUAUCUUCAGUCGAGUAUGAUAGGUCCAAGGUCGAACUCCCUUGAGUUUAGCUGAGGAGUGCGUGGUCAACACAACUUCAUAGGGCUCAGUCUAUUUGGCUUGGUGCUGACUCGGGGGGUCCGGUUUUUCCAGUUCUUGAGGAGGACCUAAUGCCUGGACAUAUGUUGUGGAGAGGAGUAUCUGUGGGCUACAACAACCUGCUGGAAGCAAACUGGUUAAUAACUUUUAGGAUAGCAGAUAGAGCUUGUACAUGUUUAAGAAUAUUCUUUAACGAUUUUAAGAUCUCCCCUGUUAAUAUAACUAGGGUGCCAUACCCCAGAGAAUGGUCUGCCAUAUAACAUUUCGUAGGGACUUAGUCCAAGCCUGCUUCUGGGAGCAACCCAGACUUGCAAUAGGACAGGUGGCAAGGGUGCUAUCUAAGUUAGUUUCUUCGUACAUUUUGCCCAGUGUCUUCUUGAGGGUGUGGUCCAUCCUUUCAGUUUUUCCUCUUGACUGAGGUCUCCAAGAAGAAUGUAGCCUCCAUUUAAUGCCUAAAAGUCCUGUUAUCUGCUGGACUAUUUGGACUAUGAAGGCUCCUCUAUUGUUGCUUUGAAUUGAAACUGGCAGACCAGAUUUGGGUAUUAUUUCUCUUAAUAGAGCUUUACUGACUUAAGAUGUUUUUUUAGUGUGGCGAGGUAAAGCUUCUACCUUCCCGGUGAAGGUGUCUAUAAUAACAGUAGGUAUUUAAUUCCUCCUGGGGUCAUUGGCAUAACGGUGAAGUCUACUUGCCACUCACCACAUGGCCCCAGUCCUCUUGCUGGGACUCCUUUGACCACUGGAGGUGCGCUGCACUUCGGCUUCAUUUUAGCAUGGAUCAUGCAUCCUUGUGUCACCCCUAGAUGGUUUUAUACAGGUCUGGUCCUGCAGUAAGUUUACUUAACCAGGCAUACAGGGCAUCCCUCCUAUAAUGGGUACUAGUAUGGGCUGCCAAAACAGGGUCAUGCAUUAAGUGUGCAGGAACUAGGACUACCCCUUCUUCACUGUGGAUGCACUUAUCUUUAAUCUGGUUUCAGUUAAAGCCCCAUUCAUCUGCUCAUGUUAAAUCAUCAUCUGAAUACCCAGGGUCCAAGUCAGUGAGGUCCAGGUCAGGGAUCAGAGUGGUCAUCAGAGUUACAGGAAGUUUAGUUUUGGCAGCUUGCUUGGCAGCAGCAUCUGCCAAGUGCUUGCCCUUUGCGAUCAUGGAGUCUCCCUUUUAGAUGUCCAGGACAGUGUAUCACUGCUACUUCUGUCAGCAAGUUAACUGCCUCUAAUAAUUUAAGUCUUUCUUCUGCAUGUUUAUUUUCUUUUCUUCCUGAGGUUAGGAGAUCUCUUUCUUUCCAGAUUGCUCCAUGGGCAUGGAGCGCUGAAAAGGUAUACCGAGAGUCAGUGAAAAUGUUCACCUGGUGUCCACCACUUAAUUCUAAGGCUCAGGUUAAGGCAGUUAUUUCUGUCUUCUGCGCUGAAGUCCCUAGGGGCAAUGCCCCAGCCUCCUUGGUUUCAAAAAGGGUCACCACCGCAUACCCAGCUUUGUGAGUGCCAUUGUCUGUGGAACUGCCCCCAUCUGUAAACAGCUCUAAAUCUGGGUUGUCUAAAGGUUGGUCAGUAAAGUCUGGGCCACUGGAAUAUACUUCCUCAGUUACUUCAAGGCAGUCAUACAUCUGUCCUUCACCUUCAGUCACUGAGAGUAGAGUGGCCAGUUAAGAGUUGACACAGCCUUCAAGGUGACAUAAGGAUUAUCAACUAAGGCUGCCUGAUAUCUUCCAAGUCAGCCUGCUGUUAACCAGAAUCCUCCUUUAUGUUCUAACAGCGAGAGCACAUGAUGAGGGGUCAAAACCAGCCUCAGUCAACAAGGUGCAAGGUGCAGCCACAGCCCUCAGAUAUGUGGGCCACCCUGUGGCAAGCAGCAUCAAGUUGCUCAGAGAAAUAAGCUACAGUUCACUUCCAAGGACCCGGAUUUUGAGUAAGGAUCCCUAGGGCCAUUCCUUGCCUCCCAUGCACAAACAGUUCAAACAGCUUCCCAGCAUCUGGGAGACCCAGGGCUGGUGCAGAUCCUAAUUUUGCCUUUAUUUGUUCAAAAGCCUAUUGACACUCAGGGGUCCAGUCUAGGGGAUCAGAGUCCUUCCCUUGUACUGCCUAGUAAAGGGAUUUUGCAAUAAACCCGAAAUUGGGUAUCCAAAUCUGAUAGAAUCCUGCCAUGCCAAGGAAUCCACAAAACUGGUGCUUAGUAGUCGGAACUGCCACCGGGAUUAUCACCUCUUGUUUCUCUGGCAACAGCUGUCUCUGUCCCUGUGACAGCUGAAAUGCUAAAUACCUCACUUUCUGAACAGAAACCAGGGCCUUUUUCUUUGAAACUUUGUAUCCUCUCUCUUCUAAGAAAUUUAAAACUUUAUUAGAGUUUUUAUCAGCGAUUUCUUUAGUAGGGCUGGCAGUCAGGAUAUCAUCUACAUAUUAUAGAAUAGCACUGUCUUUUAGAGGUGGGUCUCAAAGACCUCUGGCUAGCACUUCUCUGGAUAAUGUGGGAUUGUUUUUAGACCCCUAUGGUAAAACCAUCCAGCAAAACUGGGUCUUGGUCGUGGAUGUGGGAUCCUCCCCGUCAAAGGCAAAUAUCUCUUGUGAGUCUGUUUCUAGUGGGAAACAGUAGAAGGCAUCUUUUAGAUCUAAUACUGUAAACGAAGCAUAGCCUCCUGGUAAGGUAUAUGGAUCGGGCACCACUGGAUGAAUGUGUUUUACCACCUGAUUUAUUGCCCUUAGAUCCUGCGUGAACCAGUAUUCUCCUGUGCCAGGCUUUUUCACUGGGAGAACAGGGGUGUUAUAUGGUGACUGACAUGGCCGGAUUAAUCCAUGCAUGAGGAAAGUGUCAAUUAAGGUUUAAUUCCCUCUUUAGCUUUCUUCUUCAAGGAUUAUUAUCUGAGAUUGGGAGGUUUACAGCUGGGUUUCAGUCCUGUCUUGACUGGUGUUGCAGUGACAGCUGUGCCCAGUAUUCUUGCAGCCCACACCUCCAGGUUUACCUGUUAUAAGAUUUCUUCAGGCACCUUUGCAAAGUCAGCAGCAGGCAGUCGCACAAGAGCUGCCUGCGAGGCCCAUGCUUGGUCAGGACUAACAUUCACCUGGAGUUGGUCAGCUGAGAAGGUAACUUGAGCAUUUAAUUUGGUUGGUAUGUCUCAGCCAAGCAGAGAAACAGGGCAUUCAGGCAUAGACAAGAAACUGUAAGUUAGAACCGUACAUCCUACCUGACACUCAAGGGGCUGAAGGAAAUUUUUACAUGCAGUUUUCUCAGAGACUCUGGUGAUGUUCAUUGUUCUGCUGGAAAGAAGGGCCUUAGGAACAUUCAGGACCGAGUAAGUAGCCCCUGUGGCCACCAGAAAUUCGACAGGCUGUUUUCCCACUGUUAUAGCUACCUGGGGCUCCUCAUGGGAGAUAGGAGUUUGCCUGGUCUAUGACAGAGCCCCUGGGCCUGUCAUUCCUGGUCACCGUCAGCCUUACUUACCAUCUCCUUGGCUCUCUCUGGUUGUGCCUGACUGGGCCAUUCUGGGCAUGCCUUCCAGUGGUCAUCUUUCUUGCAGCAAGCACACUGCUGAGGCCUCAACUUCGCUGGCUGACCCCCUGUUCACUGGGGGUCCACAGGGACUUACCCAGCAGGGUUGACUUCGUGUCGGACCUCCAGGACAGAACUCAGCGGGGCAGCCUGUUGUUUCAUCUCUUUGUCUCUGUUUCUCCUGCGCCUCGUCUCGGUUAUUUAUAAACCUUAAAAGCAGUCUCUACAAAUUGAGAAAUGUUCAUGCCUAGUCCACCUUCUAAUUUCUGGAGUUUGCACCGUAUGUCAGGGGUGCUCUGGCUCACGAAAGUCAAAUUAAUAAUGCAAGCAUUCUGGUGAUUGUCCAGAUCAGUGUUAGCGUAUUGGCCAUAGGCUUCAGACACUCAUUCUAAGAACGUGGAAGGGUUCUCCUUGGGGCCCUGUCUUACCUCCUGAACUUUCCGGAUGUUAAUCUGCCUUGGGGCUCCUUUUGGCAAUCCUAUAGUGAUGCACUCUUUCAUAUAGUUUAGUCUAGCCUGGUCUCCUGGAUCAUUCAGACUCCAUCCUAGAUUAGUCCCUGGUAUAGCCAGGUCACCAGGGCCUCUACUAGAAUUCUGUGGUUGCCAGUUAUGUAGCCUUCCUACCUCUUGUUUAGCCUUUUCUGGUACCGUGCGUCUUUCUUCAGGAGUCAGCAAUGUUGUUAGUAGCGUAUUACUAUCAGCCCAAUUAGGAUGAUGGACUGCAAAUACAGAAGUUACUAACGUCUCCAUCUGUUUAGGAUCCUCCCGAUAGGUAGGCAUCUUAUUUUUCCAGUUUAACAGAUGUACAGUUGUAAAAGGGACAUGUGUCCAAACGAAACCCCAAAGGUUUCCUUGAUGAUCAAGCCCAGCUGGAAUCUGCUUCAAAAGAUAUUGCCCCUCCAGGACCAGGCCAGACCACUGACCAAACUGUACACCACUACAGGUGUGGGCAGGAGAGGCCCUUCCCGGACUGACACUUGGAGCCCCAGUGGAUAGUGGAGGAUAAAGAGUGACUGGGGUCUUUGGUGACUUUAAAAUGAGGGCCUCCCCGCCGGGCAGCCUGCAGGGUCUUGGGCUGAGGUACCUGCGGCCCUGGAGGAUAAAGCGGAGAUGCUGAUGGAGAGGAAAGGGGACUAAGAGGAUGGGGUCCUCAGAGUCUAGGAGGACUUCCUUAGACUUAGAGUCAGGUUUGUCCUUAGGCUGCAUAACCAUUAACUUGCAUUGUUUCUGCAAGGUCUUGUUUUGAAACAGAGACAUGAAAGCCUGAACAUAAGGGAUUUCAUCCCAUUUCUCCUCUUUCUUACAAAAUAGAUCUAGCUGUGAAAUAAUACCAUUGUCUAAACUCCCAUCCGUUGGCCACUUCUCACCUGAUCCAAAUUGGUAUUGUGGCCAGGCACUGUUAGAAAAGAAAAUCAUUUUCUUCAUCUUCAUAGGUUCAUAGCUAAAAUGACCCCAGUUCUUUAGAAUACAGCCACGAGGGCUGCGUUCUGCUACUGAACCCUCCUUACCCGUUUGCACUCAGACACCACAUUCACCCUCACUUAAAGCUUCCUUUUGCACUGGCCACGCACACGCGCACACACGCACACACACACACACUGGACCGGGGUGAUGGAGAUAAACUUGGCAGUCUCAACCUCCCAGAUAGCCAGCCAGGCGACAGAGGUGAUCAUGGUUGCCUGAGCCUCCCAGAGAGCCCUGGCGCCACACACACGCACACGCACACACCCACGCACACACCCCAGAGUACAAAAUCUUAAAGGGCACGAGUUAGGCGAUGGAGAUAAUCUCGGCAGCCUCAACCUCCCAGAUAGCCAGCCAGGUGACAGGUGACCUCAAUUGCGUCAACCUCCCAGACAAGCCCUUUUUGUGUACCUAAAGAAUGUAAUCUGUACCUACCUAGGACACAUCUUCAGACCAGGACUAGUUUCCCUUCCUUAAAGUGAAAGCACCUCAGCCCGGGGACGCUGCAGACGGAUGUUAAAAUAUUCACCUCUGGGCUAAAUAGAGUUCAGGUGUGCACUGAGGCCCAUCUGAGGGCCACUGUCACUGUCCAAGGGCCACCAAGAUAAGGGCAGAGGGUCAGGAGGACCUGACAUGCCUCACAUUGGGCUCCGAAUUGUUGCCGGACCAAGUGUGUCCCUGCCGGGCACGCUGUAAGGCCAAGAGACGAGACACACCAAGUUUUGAGGAAGGAGAAAGCAGUUUUUUUUUUUUCAGCUUGAACAAACAGAAAUUUAUUUUCUCACAGUUAGGAGGCUAGGAGUCCAAAUUCAGGACCCCGGCUUUCGGGGAAGUCUCAGAGAAAGCAGUCGCAGAGCAGCAAUGCAAGGAGCCAGAGGCUUGCCCAGAUCUGACUCCCUGAGCAGGGGGUAGUUUACAGUCUUUAUUGGGGUGAUAAUAUAGGAAGUUGUACAUAUUUAUCAAUCUCAUAUGUAGGUAAUUCAGGUAUGAUUCGACUGGACAACACAUGUUCUGCAGGACGGGGCUGGUUCAGGCUGGUUAUUGUGUACCACUCUGGCCUUGGUUUCUUGAAACACCUGGAGUUUUUCUGUAAAACAAACUAGCAAAGUAGUUAAGCAAGGAGUAUGGGGGAGGCUGGGUAAGAAACAGAAAUACACUAGGGUGAUUGAAUAAGAAACAGAGAGACACUGGGGUGAUUGAGGUGCAGGCCUGGGCCUCAGUUCAAGGUUAGAUAAGAAACAAAUACACUGGGGUGAUUGAGGCACAGGCCUCGGCUUCCUCUGGGUUCCAUUCCAGUCCUGCCACAAAAUAGCGCUACAUCUCUGAGCCUGGUAUUUAAACUCUCUAAUCCUUUCUUUUCAUCUGUAAACUGAGCAUGGGAAUAGUAUUUGCCUCCUAGGUUGUUCUGAGGUUAGACAAGAUAGCACUGUGAAGCAUCAAGCCCAGAACAUAAACCCUCAUAAUAAUAUUCCUUGAUGCUGUCAGUGCUACACAGACUUUUAGAUAUCUCCCUCAAGACUCCCAACCAGUCUGUGAGGUUGGCAUUACCACCCCUGUUGGAACACAUUUUAAAAACCCUUUUUUGCAAAGAGUUAAAGUGGUUUACUUAGUGUUGGACAGCUAGCUAGUGAAUGGGUUGAGUUUUAGAACCAGGUCUAUUUUACUUGUAGUCUCAUGGUCUUUGUAAUGUCCGUCCCCUUCUUCCCACACCCAUUGUGUUUUCCUUGGCACAGUGACUUGCCUUUGUGUGCCCCAGGAAGUAAUUCCAUGUCUUGUGACAGUCAGACCAUUUGACCUGUUUGCCUUAGGUCAGAAGGCAUAAUCAAGGCUUCUAGGCUCUUCCUGCCUCAUGCAGUAUAAUCUCACUCGUCAGUAGCCCUGAAUGGAUUUUAGGAAAGGUCCAACUAACCAUACACUAGAAUCUUGGCACCCCAAUGCAGGUUCCAGUUUAUAUAAAUCUGGCCUCUAAGCCCAAGUCCUAAGUGCCCUUGAAACAAAACCACUGCAGUUAAGUAAAAAGCAGAAGGUCCAGGAACAGAAAUAACACCUGGAAGAACACGUUCCUGAACUGAAACUUUACCACAAAAUUUCAAGGCAGAGGCAGGAAAAUCCCAGAAAGGCGCACAUUUGAGAGUUACCAGGUAAGAAUUUUCCUCUCCAGUACAAGCAAGGCCUGGUGGUACCCUCAGAUUCUGAGACCAUCAAUUACUGUGGCUCAGAAAAGCUUCCAAUUAGUUUUCAGAAGAAAGGUGUGAGCUGAAAUUGAAGGGAUGGGCAGGGUGCAGAUUUGACAGGAAAAGAUAUUUCAUGAGAGAGAAGGGGUACCAGCCGUAGCUAAGGAAAUUCUUUCUCCGUCACGUCCUAAAGAUAAAUGCAGUCCCCUACAAUCUCCACUCUGCCUUUCUGUUUAUUCUGAGCUUCUCUCAAACCAUGUCUAUCAUCAAGCUGACAUUUAUUGAGUUCCUCCCUUAUAUAAUCAGACAAUGGAAGUAAAGGAAAAGGUCUUUAAAGAUUAUUUAAUUUUGCCUAUUUUAAAAUUAGCACAUGGAAGGUAAAUACCUUAUGCAAAGUCAUACAGUUUGGUAGUGACAGGAAGAAUUGAAUUCAGCUCUCUUGAUUCCCAGGUCAGGGCUCUGUCCUCUACCACAUUCAAGUUAAAACAAGUUUCUUAGUAAAAAAAAAAAAAAAAAAAAACUUCUUGUGAAACAGUAACUAACGGAAACCAAACAGUGACAUAAUAUCAGCAUUUUCCAAUGUCAAUAAUAUUUUAAUUCUAGAAUUAAUUUUAAUGCUGGGAUAGUGUCCCAGAUGUUGUAUUUCCUAAUUUUAUUGACCCAAUUCCCUAUUAUUGGCUUCACAGGUUAUUUUUAACUUUUUCCAAUGGAGUAAUUAAGAGUAAUUUAGUAGAAAACAUUUGUUUACAUACACAUAGUAAGAUAACCUAUGUGUGAUCAUUUCAAAUUAAAUGGAUAAUCCCUCACCAUGUUGCUUCCCGUAACUUCAGAUGGGUUAAGGGCCAUUUUCUUAAAUGGGUUUGCAGAUAUCUUGGUAAGUAAUUGUAAGAACUACUGUAUUAGACUUCUCAUGUUUCCAUUCCCUCUUCUUCCUUACCCAGCUCUGGCUUCGCCAUUCUUGGCCCUUUCCCAAGAGUAUCUGAAAAUGAAUAAAUCCCACGGAUCAGUUUCAUUUAAGGACCUCACUGUGGACUUCACCCAGGAGGAGUGGCAGCAGCUGGACCCUGCUCAGAAGCUCCUUUACAGGGAUGUGAUGCUGGAGAACUAUAGCAACCUAGUCUCAGUGGGAUAUCAUGUUAGCAAACCAGAUGUGAUCUUCAAACUGGAGCAAGGAGAAGAACCAUGGAUAGAGGAGGAAUUCUCAAGUCAGAACUACCCCGAAGUUGAUGGUGCCUUAAAGAAGAAUGAGGGCAUUCAAAACAAACAUCUGAUGCAGAUCGUAUUCUUCAGCAACAAUACACUGAUUACAGAGAAAGCUAAUGUAUUUGGGAAAACAUUUAAUCUGGACAUGAAUAUUGUUCCUUCAAGAAAAAUACCCUAUAAAUAUGAUUCAUGUGAAAACAGUUUAAAAACUAAUUCAGAAGUAAUUAUUGUAAAGAAAAGCUAUUUUAAAAGGAUUCCUGAUGAAUAUAGUGGAUGUGGGAAACCACUAUUCCAUACUAAGCAUGAGAAAACUCAUCCCGGAAUGAAAAAGUACACAUAUAAUCAAAUUAGGAAAGCCAGAACUCAAAGUGAAGAGCGUAUUCUGCACCAGAACAUUCAGGCUCUGAAGCAACCUUAUGACUAUAAUGAAUGUGGGAAAAGCUUCCUCAGGAGGACAGUCCUCCUUACACAAAAGAGUGUAUGUAGUGAAAGGAAGCCAAAUGAAUGCAAUGAAUGUAAGAAAACUUUUUCUAAGAAGUCUAACCUCAUUGUACAUCAGAGAAUUCAUACAGGGGAGAAACCCUAUGUUUGUAAUGAUUGUAGGAAAACAUUUCGUGUGAAGACACACCUCACUCGACACCAAAGAGUUCAUACUGGAGAGAGACCUUAUGAAUGCAAUGAAUGCAGGAAGACUUUCACUGACAAAUCAGCCCUCAUUGUACAUCAGAAAAUUCAUAGGGGGGAGAAAUCUCAUGAGUGUAAUGAAUGUGGAAAGACCUUCUUUCGGAAGUCAUCCCUCACUGAACAUUUCAGGUCCCACACGGGGGAGAAACCUUAUGAAUGUAAGGAAUGUGGGAAUGCCUUCAGCAAGAAAUCUUACCUUGUUGUACAUGAAAGAACUCACAGAGGAGAGAAACCAAAUGAAUGUAAUGAAUGUGGGAAAACCUUCUUUUGCCAGUCAGCCCUUACUGCACAUCAGAGAAUUCACACAGGGGAGAGACCCUAUGAAUGUAAUGAAUGUGGGAAAACCUUCUUUUGUCAGUCAGCCCUCAACGUGCAUCGGAGAACUCAUACAGGAGAGAAACCCUAUGAAUGCAGUCAGUGUGGAAAAUUUUUGUGUACCAAAUCAGCCCUCGUUGUACAUCAGAUAACUCAUAGAAGAGAGAAAUCCUAUGAAUGUAAUGAAUGUGGGAAAUGUUUCUGCCGUAAGUCCACACUCACUAUACAUCAGAGAACUCACACAGGAGAGAAACACAGUAUGUUUAAUAAAUGUGGUAGAACAUUUGGCGUGAAGGCAAACCACAAGGAACAUAAGAGAAUGUACACAAAGGAGAAUCUUUAUGAGUGUAAUGAACGUAGGCAUGCCAUCAGCAAAAGCUCACACUUAAUUGUACAUCAGAGAACUAUAUGGGAGAAACCAUAUGAAUGUAAUGAAUGUGGGAGAACUUACUGCCGGAAGUCAGCCCUCACUCACCAUCAGAGAACCCACACAGGAGAGAGACCCUAUGAAUGUAACGAAUGUGGGAAAACCUUCUGUCAGAAGUUCUCCUUCAUUGAACAUCAGCGAACUCACACUGGGGAGAAACCAUAUGAAUGUUAUGAAUGUGGGAAAGCCUUCUGCCAUAAAUCAACCCUCAGGGUACAUCAGAGAAUUCACACAGGAGAGAAACCAUAUGAAUGUAAUGAAUGUGGGAAAACAUACCGUCAGCUGUGGACUUUCACUGAACAUCAGAAGAUACACACAGGGGAGAAACCCUAUGAAUGUAAUAAAUGUGAGAAAACAUUUCGCCACAAAUCAAAUUUCCUUUUACAUCAGAAAACUCAUAAGGAAUAGAUGACAGAAAAGCAAAUAAAAUAAUUUACAAAAGGCUAAAAUGCUGUGAAUACUUGCAGAUAUAUGAAAUCUGAUGAAUGUAAGGAAUAUAGGAGAUGUUUCUGCCAUAAGCCAACACUGUACAUCAGAGAAUUCACACAGUAGAGAAAUACAGUGUGUUUAAUAAAUGUAGUGGAACAUUCAGUGUGAACUGUGAAAAUGUUUAAUUCAAACACACUAAGUGUGCCUCCCUUUUAAAAUAAUGAAAAUUAUUUAAGUAAAAUUAUUGUUUUUUCGUUAUUAGUUGAUUUCCCUCCACAGUGUUACUUGAAAAGUGUAUAUUAUGAGGUGUGAGGAGCUAAUCUUACUUUAUUCCCAAUCAAUGCUAUUGUUCAUAUGCUGAUUAAACAAUUUAAAAUUUCUCAAUUUAUAGUGUAUUAAAUUCUCAGAUCAGGCAGCUUGGCUUUUGUCUUCUCAUUCUGUCUCCAUGUUUUCUAGUAAGACCCAGUCUCUUUAUCCUCAGGGGUGGCAAUUAGGUCAAGAGGUCUAACCAUGGCACCCCAUCCUCCUGACCUCACAGUGAUUGUACCAGAGAUGAUCAUUUGAUAAAGUUGAGCUAAUGAGAGCCCUUCCUUAGAUUUUUCUAGUGGGAGGUAGGCGCAGGAUAGCUAAUAUGUGAUGCUGGACCUUCCAGCAGCCAAGUCUAGAAAACAGUGAUGCUGUAGGAAAAAAAUACAGAGAUAAGCAGCUUUGAGCAACAAAGAGAAUUCUGAUAGUUUUUGAAUCCAGAAAGUAUGUGUCUCCCUGAUACCUACUUGGGAGUCCCUUGGUGGUGCAAACAUAACACACUCAGCUGCUGACUAAAAGGUUGGAGGUUUGAGUCUACCCAUAGGUGCCUCAGAAGAAAGCCUUGACAAUUUACUUCCAAAAAACAUCUUGAAAACUCUGGAGGACAGUUCUACUAUGAAAUUUGGGGUCACCAUUCACAAAGACUGGAACAUCUCUCAGUCCUCAUUGUCUUCAACCUUGAAAUGCAUGGAGUCGCCACUCAGAUGGAUUAGGAGAAUGGUGCACCUAAAGCUGAGGAAGCAGAAUUGCCAUCCCAGUGGGCCUGGAAGGUGGAGCUAAAGCCCAGAGCCGAGGGGCCUCCACUCAGAAUCUGGAGAGUAUGGCUAACACCUAGAGUCUGGAGGGCAGGACCAUUGUGUUCCUGGCCUCAGAGGACAGAGGAUUAUUUUCAAGGCUUGAGGGCUAAUGUAAUGUGUUCUGCUAACUUGCUUGGUGUCUGUUAUCCCUUCUUUCUCUGCAGUUUCUCCCAUUUGUAAUGGAAGUGUCUGCCAUUGUACUUUGGAAGCAGAUAACUUGUAUUCUAGAUUUCACAGAGAAGAGGAAGUUUUGGAUUUUGGACUUGGAGUGGAUUUAAAACUUUUGUUCUGAUGUGAUAGGGUAAAUGUGUCUUACACGUAGCAAGGACAUGAAUUUGGCGGGGCCAGAGGUUGGAGUGUCAUGGAUUGAAUUGUUUCCCCCCAAAAUAUGUGUCAAUUUGGUUAGGCCAUAAUUCCCAAUAUUGUGUGGUUGACCUCCAUUUUGUAGUUUUCCUGUGUGUUAUAAAUCAUAAUCUCUGCCUGCGGUUAAAGAGGGUUAGGGUGGUAUAUAACACCCUUGCUCAGAUCACAUCCCUGAUCCAAUGUAAAGAGAGUUUCACUGGGGUGUGGCUUGUACUACCUUUUAUCUUACAGGAGAUGAAAGAGAAGCAAGCAGAGAGUUGGGGGACCUCAUACCACCAAGAAAGCAGUGCCGGGAGCAGAGAGCGUCCUUUAGACCCAGGGUUCCUUCACGGGGAAGCUCCUAGUCUGGGGGAAGAUUGAUGACAAGGACCUUCCUCCAGAGCUGACAGAGAAAGCCUUCCCCUGCAGCUAACACCCUGAAUUUGGACUUAUAGCCUACUAGACUGUGAGAGAGUAAAUUUCUCUUUGUUAAAGCUGUCCACUUGUAUUUCUGUUAUAGCAGGCUAGAUGACUAAGAUAGGUGUCCUACAGAAGCUGGUGCCCUUCAUCAUGCUGCUAAACACACACCUGUCCCAGGAGGUGGAAACGCUAAAUAAUCCUAGGGAAGGUAGAGCAGUUGUGGGCCUGAUCAUUGCCGCACACCUACCAGGAAAGCCAGCAGAUAAGAAAUAAAGCGCAAAUUACAAAA